AUGAAGUCAUUCACGACCUUGGCAGUUGCCACCUUCAUCUCCUCUGUUAUCGAAGACUGCUCCAGCAUUGAGCUAAUGGACUAUCGGCAGGCCGGCAUAGAUUCCUGCCCCGAGUGCACUAUCCGGGAGCCCGUCUCCGCAUGGCCGGACCUCACGGCCGCCACCGUCGGACGAAGCGGACCCUGCGGCUACAACGCCCGCGUCAGCGUUGACUAUAACCAGCCCGGAAGCAGCUGGGGCAGCAAUGUAGUCGCGACCUAUACGCGCGGCCAGACCGUCGAUGUCCAGUGGUGCGUCGACAACAAUGGCGACCAUGGCGGCAUGUUCAGCUACCGCAUCUGCCAGGACCAGUCCAUCGUCGACAAGUUCAUCACACCCGGAUACCUUCCCACCGAUGACGAGAAGCAGGCCGCGGAGAACUGCUUCCAGGCCGGCACCCUCAAGUGCACCGAUGUCUCGGGUCAAAGCUGCGACUACAGCCCGGACUGCACCUCCGGUCAGGCGUGCUGGCGGAACGACUGGUUCACCUGCAACGCGUUCCAGGCGAGCAGCCGACGCGGGUGCCAGGGCGUCGACAAUAACGCGCUGGGGUCGUGCUACACCUCUAUCGCCGGCGGCUACACCGUGACCAAGAAGAUCAAGAUCCCCGACUACGUCUCCAACCACACCCUGCUGUCGCUGCGCUGGAACUCGUUCCAGACCGGCCAGGUUUACCUCACAUGCGCCGACAUUGCCAUCGGCGGCGGGGGGAGCACCUCGCCGUCCUCGACACGCACAACCAGCGCCGCGGCGACAGCUACAAGCGGCACUUGCGCCAUCGCCAGUACCGUGGCUGUUACGUUCAACGAAAUUGUCAAGACAGUCCCAGGCCAGACAAUCAAGGUCGCGGGCUCUAUUGCUGCGCUCGGCAACUGGAAUGUGGCUUCGGCUCCGGCGCUUUCGGCGGCGCAGUACACCAGCUCGAAUAACCUGUGGACCUACACUGUCUCACUGCCGGCCGGAACGACUUUUGAGUACAAGUUCAUCAAUGUGGCGUCGGACGGGACUGCGACAUGGGAGAGCGACCCGAACAGAUCCUACACUGUGCCCCAAAGUUGUUCUACUGCAGUCACGGUCAGUACUAGCUGGAAGUAG